UCAAAAUUACACAAUAGGGGCUGGAUCCUGCUUUGACAACUUGUCACUCUUCAGAAAGGUUAGGUGUCCACAUUUCCAAAUCCUUUAAUCAAAACACACGUUCUUUCCCCAACGAUGAAGUGCCAUUACGAAAUUCUCAAUGUUCCUCGAGACGCCGACCUGCCCGAAAUCAAAUCGGCGUACCGAAAAUUCGCCCUUAAGUGGCACCCCGACAAGAACCUCAACAACACCGACUACGCCAAGGAGCAGUUUCAGCUGGUGCAGCAAGCCUACGAGGUGCUCAGUGACCCCCAGGAACGGGCUUGGUACGACAAACACCGCGAGCAAAUCCUUCGAGGCGCCAAUUCCGAGUUCGAAGACAACAGUCUCGACCUAUUCCAGUUUUUCACGACGACUUGCUUCAAGGGUUAUGGAGAUGACGAGAAGGGCUUCUACGCGGUGUAUCGCAACGUUUUCGACCAAAUUAUCAAAGAAGAUAUUGAGUUUAUGGACGAUAAGGAGGAGUUUUGUGACGUGCCGCGAUUCGGGGGCUCGCAGAGUGACUACGACGAGGUAGUGGGGCCGUUCUACUCGUACUGGUCGAGUUAUUGCACGAAAAAGAGUUACGUGUGGUUGGAUCCGUACGACAUUAAGGAGAUUCGCGAUAGAAAAAUAUUUAAAGCGGCGGAGAAAGAGAAUAAGAAGGUUAGAAUGAAAGCGAAAAAGGAGAGGAAUGAGGAGGUGAGGAAUCUUGUGGCUUUUGUGAGGAAGAGGGACAAGCGGGUGCAGGAGCGGACGAAGUUGAUGGAGGCGAAGGUUUUGGAGAACAGGCAGAAGCAGGAGGUGUUGAGUAAACAGAGGAGGAUGGAGAGGAAGAAACAGUUGAAUGAGUCGGGGGCGCAGGCUGAGUGGACCAAGUUUGAUAACGUAAAGUCGGAGUUGGAGGAGAUUGAGAAACAUUUGGUGGAGCAGUUUGGUGAGGAGGUGUCGGAUUCUGAAGAAGAAGAGGAAGACUGCAGUGAUCUCUACUGUGUGGCGUGUAAUAAAGUAUUUAAAACCCCGAGAGCGUUAGAAAAUCACGAAUCCAGUAAGAAACAUAGAGAAAAUGUGGAAAAAUUGAAACUGAUUAUGAUGGAAGAAGAAGAAGAAGAAGGAUACGACGACGAGGAAGAAGAGGAAGUUGGGGAGGAUGCAAUAGUGGCAGAAGUAGAUAAUUCACCACUUGAGGAACUCAGUGAAGACGACUCAGAAAACUCAGUGGAACGAACAAAAAAGCAGAAAAAGAAAAAUAAAAAAGCUAGGAAUAUUUUAACAGUUAAUAAUGAGGAAGACACGAAUUGCGAGCUUGACGUACCGAAAGUUGUAGACUCUGAUGAUAAUUUUGAUUUUGAGUCGAGAAAAAAGCAGAAAAAGAAGAACAAAAAGCAGGGUAAAACUAAAAAUGUGAGUGAAGAAAAAACUGAAGAAGAAGAAAAUAUUGCACAGGAUAUUAAAAACAGUAAAAAGAAGCAGUCAAAAAAAGAAAAGAAAAACGUAACUAGUGAAGAAAUAGACUUAAGUCACUGUUGUGUAACGUGCAAGUCAAAUUUUCCCUCAAAGAAUAAGUUGUUUGACCAUUUGAAGAAAACAGGGCAUGGGGUUUACGUAAAUAAAACUAAGAACGCCAAAUAAUUUAUUUAUUUAAAUUUGUUAAUUUAAUUUUUCAAUAAAACUCACGUAUUUCGAAA